GGAGGAGGAUGGGAAAAAGGAAGAUGGAAGAUCUACAAAAGCAAAAACCUCCUUGACCCUAAGACAAGUGAUCUGUCUGGUAGCGAUAGGCGGUACCAAUCUCCUGAAUGGCAUGAUGUCCGGUUGGCCGGCGGUUUUGCCCAAGAUACAGGACGACAAAAGCAGGUUCACUGUUACUGACGACGAUGUGGCCUGGAUCGUAUCUCUGAUGUUCAUCAUGGGCUUCGUGAUCUCCCCUCUGGCGGGCCCCGUGGCGGAACACGUGGGUCCGCGGCGUCUGCUGGUCAUCACGAUGUUCCCUGUGGCCGGGUUCUGGCUCCUGCAGGCUUUCAGUCCCUACUUGUGGCUCCUGUACCUCGGCAGGGGCCUUCUCGCGUCCACUGCCACGGUAACGUUCACAAUAGUGCAGCCCUUGGUAGCGGAGUUGUGUCCCCCAAGGAUCAGGGGUCUAGCGUCGGUCCUGCCAGAGCUGUUCGCCUGCGUUGGAUUGCUGAUGUCCUACCUGCUGGCUUCUCUGCUGCCCUGGGACAUGGCUACUGCUAUUUCCGCUGCCCCAUUCUUACCCUUAUCUUUUCUGAUACUGCUUGUACCAGAGUCCCCUUACUGGCUAGUGAGGAAGAAUAAGAUCGACGAAGCUGAGAAAUCUCUGAGACUUCUUCUGGGUCGUGACGGCAAUGUGGCUGGGGAACUGGAGGCAAUUAGGAGCACGACGACCCAGCGGCAGUCCGAAGUCAGGGACCAGGUAAGGGAGCUCCGCAAACCCCGAAACGCCAUACCGGUCGUUUUGAUGCUCAGCGUGUUCAUGCUGCGAGAGCUCGGUGGCAAAGGGCCGGUCUUCAGCUACACUGUGUACAUAUUCCGCAAGGCAGAAGUGCAGCUCGACGCUUUUUACUGCACAGUGUUCGUGGGUGUUGCUCGACUUGUAAGCACGUGCGUGUCAGCUUGCUCGCUGGAUCUGGUCGGUCGCAAACGCCUUCUUGUGGCGACGGCAACGAUUUGCGCCGUGUCGGAGGCCGUCGCCGGAGCCUUCCUCUUCCUGGAGGUGGAGGGGGCCUCGUGGGUGCCCCUGGCAUCUGUAAUUGUCUUCGUGAUUGGCUAUGGAGUUGGUCUGGGACCUGUUCCUUGGGCAUACCUCGGCGAACUCCUGCCGACACCCGUCAGGUCUCUCGGAGCUGCCUUGAUCACCUUCAGUUACUCCAUUACUUACUUCGUCGUAAACCUUUUGUUCCUGAAAGUGAUCUCUUCCCUCGGGCUGGGACUGACGCUGCUGAUAUUCGGCACAGCAAAUCUGGCCAUCGCCUUGGUAGUCCUGUUGUUCAUUCCCGAGACCAAAGGGCGGACUUUGCAAGACAUGGAAAAGGCCUUCUCUUCCAGGAGUAAGAGCAAGAUAUCUCAUCAGCCAAUCCAGACUGUCGCUGGACUGGCAGAGAUGAGGCAAACUGUUUUGCAAGAGAACAAAGAAAACAAAAGAUCUGAAGACUGAGUAUAUUGUGAUUACUGUUAUCAAUAUCAACCAUAUUCGUUGUUAUCAUUAUUAUACUCCUAUCAUUAUUCAUGUUUUCAUGACUAUUGCUAUCUUUACCAUUGAUGUACAGUUGUUAAUACUCUUUUCAUGAUUAUAGACAUUGAUGUUAUAAUUAUAAGUCCAAACCAA